CUUGGUAUAAAUAACAGCAGCAGUGGUGUUGGAACUUUAAAGCAACGGAUUAAAUUAAGAGAGAUUCCUGGCUGCUCUCCACCUCUACGACUUAUUUAGGUUAUUCUAAAAAAAAAAGUGAAUCCUAGACUUUCGGAAAUCCUGUUUGGAAUUCUCGGAUCCCCACACUUGUUAAUUUGUUUCUUUCUUUUCGGAACAGACCAUGGCUUUUUUUAUAUAUUUAUUGUAUCUAUUGGCAUGUGCCGGUGAAGCUCAGGUGAUCACAGGGUGCGCGGCCGUAUGCAGGUGCCCCCCCCACCCCCCGCUGUGUGCGGCGGGUGUGAGCGCGGUGCCGGACGCGUGCGGCUGCUGCAAGGUGUGCGCCGCUCAGCUCAACCAGGACUGCAACCACGCCACGCCCUGUGACCACCACAAGGGCCUGGAGUGUAACUACGGCAACGACGCCAGCAUGGGCUGGGGCAUCUGUAGGGCCAAAUCCGAGGGCCGGACGUGCGAGUACAACGGCAGAAUGUACCAGAGCGGCGAGAGUUUCCGGGCGGGCUGCAAGCACCAGUGCACCUGCAUCGACGGCGCCGUGGGCUGCGCCCCACUGUGUGACACCCGGCUCCCCCUGGCCUCGCCCUCCUGCCCGGCACCCCGCCUGGUGCGGGUCCCGGGACACUGCUGCUACACCGUGGACUGCCACAGCGGGACUUGGCGCCUUCCCAAGAAACAACAGGUCCUCCAACUGCAGCCCAGACCUUACGCCAAGCUGGCCACACCCCAUUUGCCACGCCCUCAGAGUCCUACCAAUGACCUGGCUGUAGGCAACCAACUACUGGAGAGCCCACCAAUCAGCUGGGAGAAGGAGCAUGGCUUCAAUCACCUGCCUGAAUGGGGCCUUCUGAAGGAGAGGUGUGUGGCCCAGACCACCGAGUGGUCCCAGUGCUCCCGCAGCUGCGGGAUGGGCGUGUCCUCGCGCAUCACUAACAGCAACCCCAACUGCAAGCUGGAGAGAGAGACCAGGAUAUGCACUGUGCGGCCGUGCCACAGCCCCCCCAUCCCUUCAAAGAAAGGGAAGAAGUGCUCGCCGACCAAUAAGACCCUACAGCCAGUCCGCCUGACGUACGGCGAGUGCGUGAGUGUGCGCCUCCACCGACCCGCCUUCUGCGGCACGUGCACGGACGGACGCUGCUGCGCGCCGCGCCGCACCAAGACCCUGCCCGUCUCCUUCGUCUGCCCGGACGGAGAGCGCUUCCAGAAGAUGGCCAUGGUCAUCCAGUCGUGCAAAUGCAGCAGCGCCGACUGCGGCCAUCUCAACGAAGCGGCGCUCCCGCCGCAGCACUGGAUGUACGGAGACACGCACAAGUUCAUCGACUGAGCCGUCCGGCGCAAGCUUUCUACCUGAAGGCAGACUUUCGAAGAUGAGGAGCCUUCCUCUGAUGAAGGGAAGACAUUUUAAAAUGAGGAGCCUUGCUCUGAUGAAGGGGGGAUAUUUUUAGAAAAGGGACCUUCCUUUAAUAAAGGAGGACCUUUUUAGACCAGGGACCUUCCUCUCACGAAGGAGGACCUUUUUAGACCAGGGACCUUCCUCUAAUAAAGGAGGACCCUUUUAGACCAGGGACCUUCCUCCAAUAAAGGGGGACCCUUUUAGACCAGGGACCUUCCUCCAAUAAAGGGGGACCCUUUUAGACCAGGGACCUUCUGCCAAUAAAGGGGGACCCUUUUUAGACAAGGGACCUUCCUCAGUAAAGGGAGGCAUUUUGAGACUAGGGUCCAUCCCUAAAGGGAUGGACUUCGAGACAAAGGGUCUUUUUCUUGUAAAGAAAGACCUUUUAAGACAAGUUUUCCUCUAAGAAAGAAAACCAUCUUAAGACAAGUGGCCCCAGAUGAGGAGACUUCAUGUGCAGGGUUUGAACACCAUUAUUACGAGCAGAAGCCCCCACGUCCACAUGACUGACAGGCAGGGGCAGCCUUGGUGUUCACUUGCUGUCAAAUUAACAUUCUAAGGGGUAUUGUGAGUGUGGUGGGCUGAAAUGGGCCGUACCAACUCCUGCUCCAACAGAGAUCCUUGAAAUAAGAGUCCUGCGGCUCCAUUGUUCAUUAGAACUGUAGCUACUUGAGCCAGGUGUACAAGGAGGAAUUACAGUCUGAGGCCAAGCGAGAAAUGGGACGGAUUAACUCUAUGGCUUUCCUAGGUGAUCACUCUUGAGUUACGGUUUCCCGCUACGACACACCGUGAUCCAUAAACAUGACAAUCGUUUCCGCGAGCAGUUAAUGGCUACUCUGAAAGGGAGAUGAUUAGUGGAUCGUCAGGUACAAACUAUUGUAUCUAUUUUAACAAUCUUUUCUAAAUGAAGUGAGCAGAACUGUGACGGUUUAUUUCCUUUUUAUGCCGACGCCGUCUUGGACAUUCACAAAUGACAAAAACGGAAUGUUUAAUUUUAAAUAAAAAUCCAGAGUGAAAUGUAAA